GUCCAUGCGUGGGAGAUCUCGGACCAGCUGCUGCAGAUCCGGCAGGAUGUGGAAUCCUGCUACUUUGCGGCACAGACCAUGAAGAUGAAGAUCCAAACCUCCUUCUACGAGCUCCCCACAGACUCCCAUGCCUCCCUGCGGGAUUCCCUGCUCUCCCACAUCCAGAACCUGAAAGACCUUUCCCCAGUCAUCGUCACCCAGCUGGCUCUGGCCAUCGCGGACCUGGCACUGCAGAUGGCUUCGUGGAAGGGCUGUGUGCAGACCCUGGUGGAGAAGUACAGCACGGACGCGACGUCGCUGCCGUUCCUGCUGGAGAUCCUGACGGUGCUGCCGGAGGAGGUGCACAGCCGCUCCCUGCGCAUCGGCGCCAACCGCCGCACCGAGAUCAUCGAGGACUUGGCCUACUACUCCAGCACUGUCGUCUCCCUGCUGGUGACAUGUGUGGAGAAGGCAGGAAACGAGGAGAAGAUGCUCAUCAAGAUCUUCAGGUGCCUUGGGAGCUGGUUUAACCUGGGGGUCCUGGACAGCACCUUCAUGGCCAACAGCAAACUGCUGUCCCUCCUCUUCGAGGUGCUGCAACAGGACAAGACCUCGUCCAACCUGCAUGAGGCGGCGUCGGACUGCGUGUGCUCGGCUCUCUACGCCAUCGAGAAUGUAGAGACCAACCUGCCCCUGGCUCUGCAGCUCUUCCAGGGUGUCCUCACCCUCGAGAGUGCCUACCACAUGGCUGUGGCUCGAGAGGACCUGGACAAGGUGCUCAACUACUGCCGUGUGUUCACCGAGCUGUGCGAGACCUUCCUGGACAAGAUCGUGUGCAGCCCAGGGCAGGGCCUGGGCGACCUGCGCACGCUGGAGCUGCUGCUCAUCUGCGCGGGGCACCCACAGUACGAGGUGGUAGAAAUUUCCUUUAACUUCUGGUACCGGCUGGGGGAACACCUGUACAAGACAGACGACGCUGUUAUCCACAGCAUCUUCAAGGCCUACAUCCAGCGCCUGCUGCACGCGCUGGCGCGGCACUGCCAGCUUGACUCUGACCACGAGGGUGUCCCAGAGGAGACAGACGACUUCGGGGAGUUCCGGAUG